AUUUUGAUUUUAUUUCAUCUUGGUCAGGUUUACAUUUUUGCACAAGACUCCACUGCAAACUGCAACCACCAUAACAAACGAAUGGGUCAAAUUAAUACAGCUUGAACAGCGUCAAUGAGUAUCCUUGUUUGCAUGUGGAGCUGUACCUAAUUAUGUGGCCCAUGACUGCACACCCGCUCAUGUCAAAUCCUCAUGAGCUAAUCCUAUCCGACAAUACUUAGAAUUGGAUGAAAGGAGAAGUCUCGCUUAGUCAUCGUAAGCUGCAGCAAUUACCGGCUGCCAUCAGGCCAUCACUCAAAUUAAAUCAGUGACGAGAUUUACUCGGUUUGGUGAUUCACUUUUAAACGAUGGCCUCUCCCGAACACCAUAUGUUGAUCUCCGAGGGACUCUCACAUGUAAACCCGUCGAGGGUUGCUAAUAAAAAGCUUGGCGACAUGCUGCGAGUGUCCUCCCUGGGCUCGGCCUCCUUCAAGGCUGAGCUUGAGGGUGUCAAGGAGGCCAGAUGAUGAGUCUGUGGGUGGUGUCCUUCGUGGGGAGAGAGUAAUAACUCGGCUCUGCAGACUUGUCACUUCUUCGAAGCUCUCCGCAGGAUAUAUGGACAGUUGGGUUGGUGAAAAUAAAUUAACCUUUGCUGCCCAUGCGCGUGACAAAAAAAAAUAAAAAAUACAAAUAAGUGCCGUUACACAACAAGAAAUGGCUCAAGAGUCUCCCAUAUGUUCUCCUGUGUUCAGAUGACGUCAUAGCAAAUUGGCAGAUGACAGCCAAACUGUCAGGAUCGGCAUCAUGGAAGGCUGCCGCCCUCUUCCAUCACCAUCCCGGGUCCAGCCUCUCCCUGACCGAAGAAUCUUUUUUAGAGGCCGUCGUGUGCGGCAACGUUCCCGAAGUAAAGCGCUUGCUGGAUGAGCUUCCGGACAUUAACAUCAAUAGCGUCAAUUUCACAGGCCAGAACGCUUUGCAACUGGCUGUGGCCAACGAGCGUUUGGAGAUCACUAAAUUGCUCCUGGAGAGGAAAGAGCUGACCAGGAUGGGCGACGCAUUGCUUUUAGCCAUUCGGAAAGGUUACGUGCACAUCGCGGAGGCCAUCCUGAGCCAUCGGGCCUUUGCGGACGUUCAGAGGUUGACGUCCAGCCCCAGUCAGGUGGACGUACAUCGAGACCUCUUUGCUUAUGACGAGAACGGCAGCCUUUUCUCCAAUGACAUCACACCCAUCAUCUUGGCCUCCCAGUGCCAAGACUACGAGAUAGUGCGCUUGCUUCUCGCCAGGGGGGCCCGUAUCCAGCGGCCCCAUGACUACUUCUGCUGGUGCGGCGCCUGCAGCCAGCAGCAGGCCGACGACUCCUUCAGACACUCGCAGUCCCGCAUCGACGCCUACAAAGGUCUCGCCAGUCCGGCCUACUUAUCGCUUUCAAAUGAAGACCCCGUGAUGGCGGCCCUGGAGCUGAGCCACGAGCUGGCAGUCUUGGCGAGCACCGAGAUGGAGUUCAAGAACGACUAUAAGAUCCUGUCCAUGCAGUGCAAAGACUUCAUGGUGGGCCUCUUGGACUUGUGUCAGAACACGGAGGAAGUGGAGGCCAUCUUGCACGGUGACUCGCUCGAGAGUGCGCAAAAUCUGGCCAGGUUAAAACUUGCCAUCAAGUAUGAAGUUAAGAAGUUUGUGGCUCAUCCCAAUUGCCAGCAACAGCUACUCUCCAUCUGGUAUCAGAACGUUUCCGGACUACGUCAACGGACUCUGGCAGUUAAGAUUCUCCUGGUCCUCGGGGUCGCGGUUGGCUUGCCCUUUCUAGCCCUCGUGUCCUGGAUUGCACCAUCCAGUAAGUUAGGGAAGCUGAUGUGUGGCCCUUUCCUGAAGUUUGUGGCCCACGCCGCCUCCUUUGUGACAUUCCUGUGCCUCCUGGUCCUGAACACAGCCGACCGCUUCAACGGUCCACCGCUUAUGCCCAACGUGACGGUCCAUGAUCGGCCCUCGCAGCUCUUCCGCAUGAAGAUAACGCCCUUCACCUGGAUGGAGAUUCUCAUCAUGUCCUGGGUGCUAGGGAAAAUUUGGAAAGAAUGCAAUGACAUUUGGUCGCAGGACAUCAGAGAAUAUAUCUCAGAGCCGUGGAACCUUCUGGACUUCAACAUUUUGGCCGUCUUCACCGGCUCGUUCAUUGCACGGCUGAUGGCGUUCUGGCACGUGUACGCCGCUCAGCGCUACGUGGACCAGCACCACGCAAACCUGUCCUGCGCCUCCUUGCCCGCGGACGUUCAGUAUUUUCAGCUCGCCCGAGUCAAGUGGCUUCCUUCCGAUCCACAGCUCAUUUCCGAGGGCUUGUACGCCAUCGCAGUGGUGCUCAGCUUCUGCCGCAUCGCUUAUGUGCUGCCAGCCAACGAGAGCUUUGGCCCGUUGCAGAUCUCGCUCGGUAGGACGGUGAAGGACAUCUUCAAGUUCCUGGUGAUUUUCAUCACCGUCUUUGUGGCGUUCAUGUUCGGGAUGUUCAACCUGUACUCGUACUACCUCGGGGUCAAGCACAACGACGCUUUCACCACGCUGGAGGAAAGCUUCAAAACACUUUUCUGGGCCAUCUUUGGCCUGUCAGAAGUGAAGUCGGUGGUGAUCGAUAUCGACCACAAAUUCAUCGAGAACAUCGGCUACAUCCUGUACGGCGUCUACAACGUCAUCAUGGUGAUCGUCUUGCUGAACAUGCUCAUCGCCAUGUUCAAUAGCUCCUAUCAGGAGAUUGAGGGUGACGCUGACGUGGAGUGGAAGUUCGCCCGAGCCAAAUUGUGGUUUUCGUAUUUCGAUCAAGGCACUUCGCUGCCCGUCCCCUUCAACCUGCUCCCGAGUCUCAGCCCAAUCGCUGCACUCUUGCGGGGACUCAAAGGAUGUCUGUGGGAAGCAGCUCGAGGAAAAGUCAGAGAAAAUAUGCAGGGUGAUGAAAUGGAGCGAAACAAGUUAAGUCAACAAGAAGACUCCGGAGUGGACGCAUCUGCUUGUCCAACACCUUAUCAAAAGAUCAUGAACCGCCUCGUCAAGAGGCACAUCCUGAAAGCGCAGCGGGACAAAGAAAACGACGGGGUGAAUGAAGGCGAACUGAACGAGAUCAAGCGGGACAUCUCCAGCCUCCGCUUCGAGUUGCUGGGGAUGGGCAAGCGGGAAGUGAGGACCCUGGCCGAGCUUGCCAGACAGCUGAGGCAAAUGACACAAGGACACCAUGCGUCUCAUUAG